AUAGUACUUUUCUAGGUACACUGUUGCACUCUCAGGGCAACACACGAGCCGCUUUAAUGACGUCACGCGCAGGGGGCGUGUCAUGCGUUCAGUCAAGUCGAGGGCUAAAGACGUAAAGACGCAGCGCACCGGUUGUAAAAGCGAGCACAGAGCAUGGAAGGGGACACAGUGCUGUGGAUUCUGGCCGUGUUGUUGCUUCUGUUCUGCAGUUUGGAUGUGUGGUAUUUCAUCCGAGCAGUGGCUGUGGUGACCAGGGCUUGGUUCCAGUCUCCUGUUUUUGACAUCACAGGCGAGCAGACCCUCAACGGUCGCGUCCUUUUCCAUGACAUUGACCUUUGCCACAUGAACAAUGCCCGCUACCUACGUGAGUGUGAUUUUGCCCGUUUCUCUUUAUAUACUCGCAAUGGGGUGUUCAAGGCUUUAAGGGCCCUAGGGGCCACCAUGGUUGUUGGGGCAACUACCAUCCGCUACAGGCGGCCAUUGUGUGUUGGUGAGGCAUUUAAGCUGUGCAGUCGAAUCGUCACCUGGGAUGAGAAAUCGUUUUACCUGGAGCAGAGGUUUGUGUCGUGUAAGGAUGGAGUGGUCUCUGCUGUCAUGUUCUGCAAACAGAAUAUACUGCGCAGCAGCCCGGAUAAGAUCCUCCAGUACCUGUGCAAAAGAAAGGUUGAAGUGCCAGAAGUUCCUGAAGACCUGCAGCACUGGAUCAGUUUCAUUUCUGCCAGCAGUAAAGCUCUCAGAGAGGAAAGUGGACUGGAUAACGCUAAGACUAAAUGAAGACUCAAACAGAGGCGCUGCUUUAAAUGGACUCUUACACACUACAUUAUGAUUGGCACACGUUAGUGUCUCAAAUGUUUCAAUAAUAAAAAUGUGAAUUAUG